CAGGGUCAAGGAACUCUGGGAAAAGAUGGCAGCUUCCUGUCUGUACCUCGGAUUUACUUUUCACCAAGGACGGAAUCAAAACAGUUGCAUGUAGAUAUCUGCCCUAUCGCCUCAACCUGAUAAUUAAUAUACUUAAACUUUACCAUGGAGAACACCGGGAGCAUCGACAGUCUAGGCUCGAAGCGAUCCUCGUCAAGGCAGCCGAGUGUUGAUUCAUUGUCCAGUACCUCCACCUCUCGUUCUGACUGGUCCACUCACGCUGCCAAGCCCACCUUUGCAAUGUCUUCUGACAAUGUGUCCAUCUCAACAGAGUUUUCCCCAGAGCUACGGGGCAGACCUAAAGCGGUUGCCAAGGUGCUCAGGGAUUCAAAAGAAGAACCACAGUUACUACCAAAGGAAAGUGUGCAAGACAUGGCCAAAGAUGUCACCUACAUCUGUCCUUACAUCGGUGCACUGAGGGGGACAUUGACUGUCACCAACUACAGAUUGUUUUUCAAAUGCAUGGACAGGGAACCAGCGUUUGUGCUGGACUUGCCCCUGGGGGUAGUGAGCCGGGUGGAGAAGAUAGGAGGUGCAUCUAGCCGUGGGGAGGUCUCCUACGGGCUGGUCUGCAAGGAUAUCCGUAAUCUGCGGUUUGCACACAAGCAGAUGGAGGAUUCACUCAGGAAGUCCAUUUUCGAAAUCCUGAUGAAAUUUGCCUUUCCUGUUUCUAAUGGUCUGACAAUCUUUGCCUUUGAGUAUGGGCAGGUCUAUCCUGAAAAUGGCUGGAAAGUGUAUGAUGCUCAAGUGGAAUACAAAAGACAGGGCUUACCCAACGAGAGCUGGAGGAUAACUAAAGUGAAUGAUCACUACGAGCUGUGUGACACUUACCCAUCAACCCUGGUGGUGCCUGUUAACAUCCCAGAUGAGGAGUUGAAGAGAGUGGCUGCCUUCAGAGCCAAGGGCAGGAUACCUGUGCUGUCAUGGAUUCACCCAGAGAGCCAGGCCACAGUGAUCCGCUGUAGUCAGCCCAUGGUUGGGGUCAACGGCAAGCGCAGCAAAGACGAUGAGAAGUACCUCCAGACCAUCAUGGAUGCCAACGCUCAGUCCCAUAAGCUCUUCAUCUUCGAUGCCAGGCCUAGCGUCAAUGCUGCUGCCAACAAGAUGAAAGGGGGUGGCUAUGAGAGUGAGGAUGCCUAUCAGAAUGCAGAAUUGGUGUUCUUGGACAUCCACAACAUCCACGUGAUGAGGGAGUCACUGCGCAAGUUGAAGGAGGUAGUCUAUCCCAACAUCAAGGAGUCCCAUUGGUUCUCCAACCUCGAGUCCACUCAUUGGCUGGAACACAUCAAGCUGAUCCUGGCUGGGGCGCUGCGUAUUGCAGACAAGGUGGAGUCAGGGAAGACGUCAGUGGUGGUUCACUGCAGUGAUGGGUGGGACCGUACUGUCCAGCUCACCUCCCUGGCCAUGCUGAUGCUGGACGGACACUACCGCACCAUCCGCGGCUUCCAGGUGCUGCUGGAGAAAGAGUGGCUGAGCUUCGGCCACCGCUUCCAGCUGAGGAUCGGUCAUGGGGAUAAGAACCACACAGACGCAGACCGCUCGCCUGUCUUCCUGCAGUUCAUAGACUGUGUGUGGCAGAUGACCCGCCAGUUUCUUGCAGCCUUCGAGUUCAACGAAUACUUCCUGAUCACCAUCCUGGACCAUCUGUACAGCUGCCUGUUUGGGACGUUCAUGUGUAAUAGUGAACAGCAGAGGGUGAAGGAGGAGCUGCCCAAGAAGACAGUUUCCCUGUGGGCCUACAUCAACAGCCAGCCAGAGGAGUUCACCAACCCUCUGUAUGUCAACUAUUCCAACCAUGUGCUGUUCCCAGUGGUCAGCAUGCGCCACCUGGAGCUCUGGGUGGGCUACUACAUCCGCUGGAACCCUCGCAUGAGGCCACAGGAGCCUGUUCACCAGCGCUACAAGGAGCUGCUGGCAAAGCGGGCGGAGCUUCAGAAGAGGGUGGAGGAGCUGCAGCGAGAGGUGAACAAUCGCUCUGCCUCCUCAUCCUCGGAGAGGGCGGGCUCUCCCACCCGCUCCAUCACUCCAGUUCAGACCUUUGUCUGACAAGCAGACAGACAAAACCCAGGGGGAUGGUGACCGGAAGCUUACAGUAGACGGCUGAGGACAGAGGCCCAACACCUAUAGGAAGCAAAGCAACCAACAAGUGUCUGUAGAAACCGCAUAUUGGCCUUUGGCUGCUCCACCUCAACAGCUGAGGUCGUAUAGAGUCAGAACCGUAGAAUGAGAAUAAGACCAUUAAUUUAUAUCUCUAUGGUCAGAACCUUCUGCUGCACCAAACAGAGCUGCCUUUGUUUCCAACCACCUUGCUACAGCCAUACUACACUCUACUGACCUCUGCUGCCAGGGUCAAGAGUACUGUAACAUAUUAUCAUAAAAUAAGUAUAAAAUAUCACAUCAGCUUACUGUAUGUAGGUAUUACAUUUAUUAUAAGUGAUAAGUACACUAAUCGAUUAAUAGGAUAAAACAAGCAACACACUAAAAGUAAAAGCUCAAUUAAUUCCUCCAUUGUUAAAGCAGGGUGGAGAAUUAUUCCAAAAAGGCAGGCUAUUUAAACAAUGUAUGUUUAUUUCUACUUGACAUAAUCCAAAUAGGGUUUGAGGUCAGAAUUGUCUCCACUAAUGGUUUUGGAGUUGAGAAAAUAGUUACUGAAUGGACACAUUUUGACCAAAUAGGUGUGAAUGAAUCAAUGUGGGCAUGGGUGGGUGUAUUGUUAGUUAUGUAUGACAUUUCAUCUGAUCAGUAUGCUGAUGUUUUAAGCGGUCGAAUUCCUUUUAUUAGCAAGUUAACUGCAUAUUAUUUUCUGUCUCGUAGGUUGUGUGUAUAGUUUACAGUACACCAUAUACUUAUAUGCUUACACUGAGUUCUGAGUCUCAUUCCUAAUUGAUUAGGUUAUAACUUGAGGGCUUUUUGACUGCAAAGACCAGUUAAUCAUCUAAUACAUUGAAUUGUUGCAAUGAGUGGUCAUCUUGACUCAGUUAAAUAUUGUUAACCAUAAGCACGAAGACUGAUCUGUGUACUGUAUACCAUCCCUCACUCCUACAGCAAAGAUGGUGGAAAUCUUUAUGAUAUGGACUAGUCUAGACAAGUCUAGCUAGAGUUAUGCUGUGCAGUGCAUCAUGUAUAGGGAGGAUGGAUAGUGUUAGAGGGUAGCUAUAUGAAUGUAUGUUAGAACUUUGGCCCUGUUAUCUGCUUAUGUGUAUAUUGUGGUGAUUUCUGCGAUAAUAUCACGUUGCAGACUGCUCACUCAGAAAAUGGAUAAUCAGGAUUGACAAUAAUGUGCAUUUAAUGGUUUAGUUAGGGUUUUAAAAUGAAAGCUGUAACCAAGUGCUUCUUGAAAGGUCAUACUCACAGGUUCUUAAUAAAUGCUGCAUAUGUAUUGUUGGA